AUGUGGAUGAGUGUGAAGARGAACCUUGCACUCACGGCUGCUUUAACACCUACGGCUCUUUCAUGUGUAACUGUGAUGAGGGCUUUGAGCUGGCAUCUGAUGGCACAAGUUGCAUUGACUUGGAUGAGUGCAGUUUCUCAGAGUUUCUGUGCCAGCACAGAUGUGUGAACACCCCCGGCUCCUUCACCUGCAUCUGUCCACCUGGAUAUUAUUUAUAUGAAGAUGGGAGGAACUGUGAAGAUAUCAAUGAAUGUGACACUGGUAACAACACCUGUACAUCAGAACAAGUGUGUUUCAAUUUCCAGGGAGGCUUUACCUGCCUGGACCCUUUACAGUGUCAGCUUCCUUACAUCGCAGUUAGUGACAAUCAGUGCAUGUGUUCAGCUGAGAACCCUGCCUGCAGGAACAGGCCUUUCACCAUUUUGUACCGACACAUGGACUUGUCUUCAGGGCGCAGUGUGCCUGCAGACAUCUUCCAGAUGCAGGCCACCACACGUUACCCUGGCGCCUUCUAUAUCUUCCAGAUAAAGUCAGGCAACGAUGGYCGGGAGUUUUACAUGAGGCAAACCAGUAAUGUGAGCGCCACUCUGGUCUUGGCACGGCCAAUCAAAGGGCCCAAACACGUGGUGCUGGAGUUGGAGAUGGUCACGGUCAACAACGUCAUCAACUUCAGAGGCAGCUCCAUCAUCCAGCUGACCAUAUUUGUCUCAGAGCAUCCAUUCUGACCGUCCCACACAGACGAUCUGCUGGGAGACUGGUGCAUGAUGAGCUGGUGUACUGGUUCUUUGUUUUGCUUCAUCAAUGUGUCAUCCUCCAGUAAGUCCCAGUCAGAAGAAGCUGAUGGGAAGGCAGUGCUGGGCUCAGAUCCUGAGCUCAGARAGAUAAUUAUAGUGUAUUAUUUCUGACCUCCUCACCUCUGGCAGAAUGACUGAAUUAACCUGAAACAGGAUUGGUUUUCAGGCAGAACAUGAGUGGAAGAAUCCCUGAUCAUUUAAAGGGGUAGUCUGGUCAUUUUUCAAUUGAUAUUUGUCAAAUAGAGUACUUUAUCAGCCAAAGAGUACUGAGUGUGAAGUAAAACCAAAAGUUAUCCAGCAGGCUAGGCUAACAGAUAACAUCUCUGUUCAAACAUGCAGUAAUGUUGACAUUCAGGAAAGAAAACRGUCACAAACUAAACUAAUGUCUUUUGCAACGAUCUGCACCCAGACCUGUUAAAUGUCAGUAGAAUUAGUGUUUUACUUCUGUACAUUUUGUAUGAUUUGUGAUCAUUUAUUUUAGUAAAGAAAAUGUGCGCGGCUA